AUGGAAACAAACAGUUCCCUUGGACCAAGGUCCUCUCCAGCCCCAAUAGAGCUUUUACCUCAUGACGUGUUCAUCAUUUUUGGUCAGAUUUUGUUAUACGGAGUUAGACCAACAGCCAUUGUUCUCGGUCUGUUUUCCAACGUCCUUAAUAUCCUCGUCUUCUACAAAAUGGGACUCAAAGAUUCCGUUAACAUUUCUUUCUUUGCUCUGUCCCUGUCUGACGGAGCAUAUUUGACUUUGUCUUCUGUGAGCGCGGUGUGCGAUAUUCUAGUUUUAGCGAACUUAGGCCGACAGGUCAUGUGGGUCAUUCAGCCCUCUGUCAUCCUUUUCUUUAUCUACUGGUACGCCGUGAUAUUCUACGACACGUCUAUGUUGAUCACGGUGUUCAUUGCGCUGGUGCGGUGCUGUUGCGUUGCCAUCCCCCUUAAGUUUAAGGGUGUGUUCACUCGCUCCAGAACUGUUGUGUGUAUUGUGGUGAUCACAGUAAGCACGGUGCUCACCCGAAUUCCGACCCUGAUUACCCAGGAGAUUGUGGCACAGUAUGACGUCAUCAACAACAGAACUGUUUAUAGUCUGCGCUACACCGCCGACAGACCACAGGCCAUCGAGUUGAACGAUAUCAUGAACCGAACUGCAAUAUGGUGGAUUGCCAUAACAACCAUGUUCGUUUGCGUCGUUGUCCUGGCCACCAAACUCCGCGCUUCGUCCGAAUUCCGAAAAUCCCAUGACCGUGGAGCGACUUCCCAGGCCUCACGUGACGACAGAGUGGUCAAGAUGGUCAUCCUGGUCACCGUUCUCUUCCUGGUGCUGUCGCUGCCCUUCAUGCUGUACUCGGCGGUCAGGCAGCUCGUGCCAAAGUUCAACGAGGUCAAGGGCUACACCAAGCUCUUUUCCCUGAUCACAACGAUCUCCUGGGCACUGGCGUACCUCAACGCUGCGCUGAACGCCGUGGUGUAUUACAACACAAACUCCAGGUACAAGGCCAUCGUAGACGCCGGUGUCAGAGCCGUCUUUUGUGGACAAGCGGGGAAAGAGUGA